AUGAAGAUCAAGGCGCUGUCGCGGUCGCUCGACGUGCACGCACCUGCUCGACAAGGUGACCCUGCUCCACUCUCUAGGAAUCUCGACCCGGCAUUGCAUCCGUUCGACAAGCCAAGAGAGUAUACUCGCGCCCUCAAUGCCGCCAAGCUGGACCGUCUCUUCGCCAAACCGUUCGUUGGCGCUCUUGAGGGCCACAUUGAUGGCAUCUAUUCGAUUGCAAAGGACACCAACAGACUCAACGUCGUUGCAUCCGGAAGUGGCGAUGGAGAAAUUCGUCUCUGGGAUCUGGCGCGCCAAAAGCCCAUCUACGUAUACCCAAGGGCGCAUUCUGGUAUCAUCCAGUCGAUUUGCAUCUCUCCCUUGACCUUCAUGUCAACCACUGGCACCACGUCUGUAGGCCGCAGGAUGCUUUCUUGCUCAACAGAUCGCACUGUCAAAGUCUGGGAUGCCGACCCUACACCCGAUGGCCUCGGACAGACCACUUUCAAUGUCAUGGAUGAUGAUGACGACGAGGACGACAUGGACGCCGACAUGACCACAGGCGGCAGCUUGAGACGAGGUGGUCUCCUCAGCACACGCGACAAGACUGUCCCGCCCAGCGAACCAUUGACAGUGUACAGUGGCAAGGCUGCUUUCAACUCGUUGACUCACCACGCUUCGAGCGCCAUUUUCGCCUCCGCAUCUUCCUCGAUCCAGACAUGGGACCUCGAGCGUGGCGGAUCUUCCGACCCUCUGCUUUCCAUGACAUGGGGCCCAGAUGCCAUCAAUGUCGUCCGCUUCAAUCUGAGCGAGCGCGAAGUUCUAGCAAGCGCAGGCAGCGAUCGCGGCAUCGUGCUCUACGAUUUGCGCAGUGGCAAGCCCUUGACCAAGAUGAUCAUGCAGAUGCGAGCGAACGACAUUGCAUGGAGUCCAACAGAGCCCACUGUCUUCGCGGUGGCAAGCGAAGAUCACAAUGUCUACACAUUCGACAUGCGUCACCUCAACUCAGCGACACAGGUCUACAAGGAUCACGUUGCCGCGGUCAUGUCGGUCGACUUCUCGCCCACUGGCACGGAGCUCGUCACUGGCUCGUACGAUCGAACCCUUCGUAUCUGGGACUACGGCAAGGGCAAUCACUCGCGCGAUGUCUACCACACCAAGCGUAUGCAGCGCAUCUUUUCCACAGCAUUCUCCAUGGAUGCCCGCUUCGUGCUCAGCGGCUCGGACGAUGGCAAUCUGCGAAUUUGGAAGGCCAAGGCGAGCGAGAAGCUGGGCCUGCUCAGCGGCAGGGAGAUGGCCAAUCGCGAAUACGCAGACAACCUGCGCAAGAAGUGGAGCGGUGUGGGCGAUGUGGCCAAGAUAGAGAAGCAGAGGCACGUGCCCAAGGCGAUCAAGCAGGCGCAGAAGAUGAAGAAGACCAUGAUCGAUGCCAGGAAGAACAAGGAGGAGAACAGGAGGAGACACUCAAAAGCCGGAGACAAGAAGCCAAAAGCCGCGAGAAAGGAAGCCAUCCUCUCGCAGCGCGAUUAG